GCCCGUCGGGCCGAAUCCCCCGCACCGCGCCGCAGCCGCGCAGGCUCGGGCCGGGCCGCGCCUCCCGCCCUGCCUGCGGCCGCGGCUCCGGAGAUGACGCGGUGAGGGGCGGUGCCCAGAGGGGAUGCGGGAACGGGCCCGGCGGCGAGGGCAGCGAUGCUCAGCAAACACCUCAGUGCACACGGCCAUCACCCAGAAGACCGAGGAGGGUCUAACCCCUGCCUGUGAUGCUGUGGACCCUCCCCUGGCACUCUGUGCAGUUGAUACUUGGAUAGGAUCCUACUUGUCAGCAUGAAAGGAAAAGCUGCACACUGCGACUGGAAAUGUGCAGCCCAGAGGAAGGCCUCUCCCUGCGAUCGAUACAAACACGCCUGUGCUGUCUGCAGAGGAUUUGUUUACCUCUAUGGAGGGCGGAACACCAGCAGUCUCAGAGAUUUUUGGCGGUACAAUAUAGCGAGGAAUGAAUGGGAGCUGCUGGACUGCUCAGGAGAUGGACCAGAAGAACUGGAAGAACAUUCAAUGGUGGCUUAUAAGGGCACCCUGUACAUUUUUGGUGGAAUGGUGGAUUCUGCUUUCACACAAGCAAAAACCCCUCUCUGGAUGUAUGACACAGACUCUGCGAGAUGGACAGAGGGCCGCGACGUACCAGCAGAGAUGGAGAGUUUGGCACCUACUAACAGAAAAGGCCACAGUGCAGUAGUGUACCGUGCCAGCAUGUACAUCUAUGGGGGAUAUGUUGGCAUCAGAGGCAUUUCACAGGAAUUUUGGACGUUCCAUUUUGAUACAAGGCAAUGGCUGUAUGUUUCCACCCUAUCUCACAACGCUGGCCCAGGACCUCGGCACGGUCAUUCAGCAGUAGUUUAUCGUACAGCCAUGUACCUCUAUGGAGGGCUGGUGGGGCUGAGUGAACAGAAAGAUUUAUGGAAGUGGGACUUUGGAAACAGCAGCUGGUAUAACAUCAGAACAAGCCAAGGACCUCCUCCAGCAGUAGGUCAUGCUUCAGUAGUCUUCGAAGACUCAAUGCUGGUGUUUGGUGGAGGGAUUUCCAACUCCAGUCCUAAUGAAGACCUCUGGAAGUACCAUUUCCACACACAGACAUGGAAGAAGCUAAGUGGCAUUACAAAGGCAAACUUUUCUCCUAAAACAUAUCACUGCAUGCUAGGAAUUGGCGUUGGCUUUCAAACUACCUCAGAUUUCACUAAUACAUUCUCCAGACACUGGAAGAGUAAGAAGGAGCACCACCAGCUGGUGACCAUCCCAAAGCACUCCUACUUCUGCAGCUACUUUCGCCAGCAGCCUGCGUACCGAGCGUUCAGCAACGAGGACAGUGGUGCCAUUGAAAUGAAAACCUUUAGCUUCCCUCUGGAGCCAGUGGGCUUUUGUGCAUUUCAAACCUCUUCAGAGGUGGAAGCAGACCCAAAGAGAGCAACAAGCAUUUUGACAAGGGGUGGGUCUGCCCCUCUGUUUCUCUCUUCUGAAAAAGAGACUUUUGCUGCCGCUGCACUUGUGGAACAAGAGGAGGGAACCAACUGUCAGCAUGCAGCUGCAGGAGAUGAAGUUAGCAGCGAUGCCAAUGUGCUGCUGCUCAUUGGAGGCAAACCUUUGUCCAGCUUUUCUGAAAUCUCAAUGUGGCAAACGGAGUUUGAUAGCUUGUCAUCUGUUUGAAUGCAAAGCAAAAGAACAAAUCCCCUCCAAUGUGCUUAGGGGGCAACAAACCAACCAAACAGUGUUUCCAGUUUUCUGUCAGCUCACUGGGAAAAGAACAAAACCUUCUCACACAUGCUAUGCAGAGAUUUUUUUUACAAUGUGAACAAAAACCUCUCUAUACACGUAAGCCACAACUGACAUAAAAAUUACAGUUCCCAGGAGGAGCUUGUUGGAACUUAGCUGCCAUUGUUACUUUUCCCUUCUGAUCACCUAACAUCCUGAAGUCACUGUGGCUGAUGCUGCAUUAAAAAUCAGAUCUGCUGUAACCCCUACUUGCUCCAUAACUGCCAUUUGAAAUGUUUGCUCAUCUUGUGGUGUGCCAAGUAAAAGAUACACACCUCUAAAACUGCAGUGUAAUCCAGUUUGGGCACGUUACUCGCACGUGUGGCUAUGAGGGAUCUGAUGAAUCCUAAUGGCUUUUUCUUCAGAGAACCCUCUUUGCACAGUGUGUCCGCAACAGCAGAUAGCAUAUUGCACUGAGCCUGUGAGCCUUUGCAUGGUUUAUUUUCUUUGUUUAAAACUUCAUGAGCAUUCAGAUUCACCAAGAAAGGUGUUUUUUGGAGAGAGAACAUCGUCCAGCAUUUCAGGUAUUUCUGUGUAAGUUACUGAGGUAUUUGCCUUCAAGUUAUUGGCCUUCUGGUUGAAUUCAGCAUCCUCUAGGAAGAAAUUAUGAUGUUUGAAAGAAAUAUUUAAUAUUUCCAGGUUUUUUUUAAAGUAGUUCUCAAGAGUUUCAUAGGAAUUAUGAAUUUUAAGUGGAAGUAUUUACAGAUACUUUCUUCAUCUUUUCACAAGUUGCUGUCCCAUGAAAUCGGUACAAAAAUUACAGAUGGGUUUGCAAAAAGUUAUUUAAGGAUUACUUGGACCUUCAGUGACCUUUGGAAACUGAAUUGUAUGCUGCCAUAUAAGUAAAGCAUGCUGCACUUCCCAUCA